GAAGUGAACAGCAGAAUGGCGGAGUCGGAGGAUUUAAGUAGUAACAGUAGUAAUAGCAGUAGUAGGGAGGACAUGCACUUCUUCGAAGGCGUGGAAAAGCUGCUGGAGAUCUGGUUCAAACCGAAUCCAGCGCACAAGAAUGCCGAUCUGCGAAAGAUUCCCAGACCGAUGUGGGAGGCAAUGCUGAAAACGGUACGCUGUGAAAUAAUCAGCUUCACCAGGAACGACCAGAUUGAUGCUUAUGUGCUAAGCGAAAGCAGCAUGUUUGUAUCGAAGCGUCGUUGGAUUCUGAAGACUUGCGGUAGCACCACACCGUUGCAGUGCUUCAAACCGUUGAUGCGCAUGGCCAACGAGAUCGCCGGUUAUGCCGCGAUUGACGAUCUGUUUUACUCGCGCAAGAACUACAAACGUCCCGAGUUGCAGGUAUCACCGCAUCGUGGAUUUGACGAGGAGGUCGCUUUCCUCGAUCAGUUCUUCGAUGAUGGGCGCGCAUACAGUUUGGGUGCGAUCAAUCGCGAUUGCUGGCAUCUUUACACGCUGAGCCGCGGGGGAGGGGGCUCCAAAAUUCGCAAACGCAACAACCAUCUGCAUCAGCUGAUGGACGAUGAACUGAUACUUGUGCAGGAGGAGGAGGAAGAGCGAGAUGAGCAACAGUUUGACGAGCUCAUUGCCCCGUCUAUGCAGCCAGAUCCGGAUCAAACGAUCGAGAUCCUGAUGACGGAGCUUGACCCGAGCGUGAUGGACAUCUUCACCAAGCAUGUCUGCAGCUCAGCCAAAGAGGCUACCCAGAAAUCGGGAAUUGAUCGUCUUCUGCCGGGUAUGGUCAUCGAUGACUAUCUGUUUGAUCCGUGCGGUUACUCCAUGAACGGCAUCGCUAAGAAUUGUGGAAAGAAAUACAAAGAGGGAUGUUACAUGACCAUCCACAUCACGCCGGAACGUGAGUUUUCCUACGUUAGCUUCGAGAGCAAUGUGGCGUCAUCGGAUUACGGCGAGCUCAUCAAACGCGUCAUCCGCACGUUCCAGCCGAACAAGUUCAUCGUAACCGUGUUUGCGAACAAGACAUCGAUCGCGGCGAAUGCAAACCGCGAGAUCGAAAAUUUGGGCAACAUAGAUCUGUGGAAGCGUCGUGACAUUCAAUAUUCGCGUUUCGCCAGCUACGACCUUACGUACGCCCAAUACUGCAAAUACCCUAGCUGAGGUUUACCGUGCCUAGCUCCACCGCCGGCCGGGGCUAACAUUCCUUCCCCCCUUUCCUUUCCUUCCUCUUCCGCCGUCCUCCCAUCGUCUGAUGCGUUCUCUGACGAUGGUCCUGUCCAAA